UUUCUCCGUGUGUCUCUCUCUAGAGGAAAAAAAAGGGCAAACAAAAAGACUCUCUUCCCCCUUUCAUCUGAACAUCAUGGUCGUUUAAUCCAAAUCGCUUCGUCGUUUAACUCUCUAAAUCGGAAGUUACCACCCGCCGCCACCGCCACCGCCGCGCUCGGCCAAUCUCUCCGCCGCCGCCGCCUCUUCUUCUUUCGAAUCUCGCUCUACCGCGAUUCCUGAAACAUCAACCGAUUCCUCUCUCCUUUUUUUCUCUCUCUUUUCUAUACUUUUGAUAUUCGCAGCCGGCGAUUCCGUUUCCGGCGUGUACUUAUCGGAGGAGGAGCGCGCACAAUUAUUAACCUGCGCACCGUCGCUCGGCGCGGUUCCUUCCGUUCGAACCAAAUUGCCGGAACUCUGUUCCGCUCUCUGAACGUGGAAAGGUCUUGGGGACUGGGGAGACAGAAGAUAACUGAAGCACCACUGGAUUUUUGUCACUUUUUUUUUUUAUUAUGAUUAGUUGCAUCCACAGUGUGGAGAUUAAAGUAAAGAUAAUAGUAAGUUAGUCAUAUGUUACAGGAUGGCUUUCUUUAGGAACUUUUCAAAUGAUACAGUCUCACAUGGUGUCAUGGAAGAUAAAAGCCAAGGACAGAAUGCUAAUAGAGUUCAUAGAUCAGUAGGUAAUGAUUGUACUGAUGCAACUUCUAGUGAGAAAGAAUUUGAUAUGAACAUGGAGGCACAGUAUGAGAGUGAUGGCGAACCAGAUGGUUCCAGUAGACUGCAAACUGAGGCAACAGCCGAUGAUGGAGAUGCUGUGAAAGAAUCAAACUUGCAGACUACUGGUAGUAAAACAGCUAUGGUCGGAAGGUGGGGUUCAACAUUUUGGAAGGACUGUGGGCAAAUGGACCCUCAAAAUGGUUCUGAAUCUGGGCAGGAAUCAAAAAGUGGAUCAGAUUAUAGAAAUGCAGAUGGGUCUGAAGAUAAUUCAUUGGAUGGAAGAGUGGUAAGAGUAGACUCAGAUGAUGAUGAUGGACAAAAGGAGGCAGGAAAAGGUCCAAGAGGUCACUCUGAUGUUCCUGCUGAAGAGAUGUUGUCUGAUGAGUAUUAUGAGCAGGAUGGGGAAGAGCAAAGUGACUCAUUGCAUUACGGUGGGAUCAAAAAGCCCACUGAAUCGAAUUCAUGGCCACAACGGAUGUCAACCUCUGCAAAUAGAACUUUGCAUAGGAAUUCAAGGUUUUCAGAUGAUGUUGAAGAUAAUGAUGGUGAAGAUGAUGAUGAUGGUGAUAAUGAUAAUGAUGGUGAUGAUGCUGAUUAUGAAGAAGAGGAGGAAGCUGAUGAAGAUGAUCCUGAUGAUGCAGAUUUUGAGCCCGCCACAAGUGGUCAUGCUGGAAACAAGGAUAAAGAUUGGGAAGGUGAAGGCUCGGAUGAUGAUGAUGACAGUGACGGAAAUAUAGUUGUCUCAGAUGAUGAUGAAUCUUUCUAUGCUAAAAGACCUAAAGGAAGGCAACGAGGUAAGAUUGGACAAAACAUAAAAUCUACCAGAGAUCGCAAAGUGUAUGUUGCAUCAGGUCGACAAAGAAGGGUUAAAUCAUCUUUUGAGGGCAACGAGUCAACAACGGAGGAUUCCGACAGUGAUAGUGAUGAGGAUUUCAAAAGCACUAAAAAGCGGAGUGUUCAUGUCCGCAAGAACAAUGGUCGCUCAUCUGCAGCCACAGGUUUUUCUUCGCGCAACAGUGAGAUUCGCACUUCUAGUAGGACAGUCAGGAAGGUAUCAUAUGUUGAAAGUGAAGAGAGUGAAGAAGCUGAUGAAGGGAAAAAGAAAAAGUCCCAAAAGGAAGAAAUUGAAGAGGACGAUGGUGACUCCAUUGAAAAGGUGCUCUGGCAUCAGCCAAAAGGCAUGGCUGAAGAUGCUCAAAGGAAUAAUAGAUCAACAGAGCCUGUUUUACUGAGUCACUUGUUUGAUUCGGAAAUUGAUUGGAAUGAGAUUGAAUUUUUGAUAAAAUGGAAAGGACAGUCACAUUUGCACUGUCUGUGGAAAUCUUUUGCUGAGCUGCAAAACCUCAGUGGUUUUAAGAAGGUUUUGAAUUAUACAAAGAAAAUAAUGGAAGACAUCAGGUACAGGAGGACAAUCUCAAGAGAGGAGAUUGAGGUAAAUGAUGUUAGUAAGGAGAUGGAUUUAGAUAUUAUCAAACAGAACAGUCAGGUGGAAAGAGUAAUUGCAGAUAGGAUCAGCAAAGAUAAUUCUGGCAAUGUUAUUCCAGAAUACUUGGUCAAGUGGCAAGGACUAUCUUAUGCUGAAGCGACUUGGGAAAAGGACAUUGAUAUUGCUUUUGCUCAACAUACUAUUGAUGAGUAUAAGGCUCGUGAGGCUGCUAUGGCAGUUCAAGGAAAGAUGGUAGAUUCUCAGCGUAAGAAGAGCAAAGCAAGUUUGCGGAAGCUUGAGGAACAACCUGAAUGGUUGAAGGGUGGAAAGCUCCGUGAUUAUCAACUUGAGGGUCUGAAUUUUCUUGUUAACAGCUGGAGAAAUGAUACAAAUGUCAUUUUAGCCGAUGAAAUGGGCCUUGGGAAAACUGUUCAGUCAGUAUCAAUGCUUGGUUUUCUGCAGAAUGCCCAGCAAAUCCAUGGUCCUUUUCUUGUAGUUGUUCCAUUGUCCACUUUAUCAAAUUGGGCCAAAGAAUUCAGGAAGUGGCUUCCUGAUAUGAAUAUUAUCAUAUAUGUUGGUACUCGUGCAAGUCGAGAGGUUUGUCAACAAUAUGAAUUUUAUAAUGAGAAAAAACCUGGGAAGCCAAUAAAAUUCAAUGCACUGUUGACUACAUAUGAAGUAGUUUUGAAGGAUAAGGCUGUUCUCUCUAAGAUAAAAUGGAAUUAUCUGAUGGUGGAUGAGGCUCAUAGGCUAAAAAAUAGUGAGGCACAGUUGUACACGACACUUUCAGAAUUUAGCACCAAGAACAAGUUGCUUAUCACCGGUACUCCUCUACAGAACAGUGUGGAAGAACUAUGGGCUUUGCUUCAUUUCCUUGAUCCAGACAAGUUCAGGAGCAAGGAUGAAUUUGUUCAAAACUAUAAAAAUCUGAGCUCUUUUAAUGAGAAUGAGCUUGCAAAUCUGCAUAUGGAAUUGAGACCUCACAUACUUCGAAGAGUUAUCAAAGAUGUGGAGAAAUCAUUACCCCCCAAAAUUGAGCGUAUCCUUAGGGUUGAAAUGUCGCCUCUUCAGAAACAGUAUUAUAAGUGGAUUUUGGAACGUAAUUUUCACAAUUUGAACAAAGGAGUUCGUGGGAAUCAGGUUUCUCUUUUAAAUAUUGUGGUGGAAUUAAAGAAGUGCUGCAACCAUCCCUUCUUGUUUGAAAGUGCUGACCAUGGCUAUGGUGGGGACUCAGGAAGUAGUGACAACAGUAAACUAGAGAGAAUUGUUUUUAGCAGUGGCAAGCUUGUCAUACUUGACAAGCUCCUUGUUAAAUUGCAUGAAACCAAGCAUCGUGUUUUGAUUUUCUCUCAGAUGGUUAGGAUGUUAGAUAUACUGGGAGAGUAUAUGUCCCUUCGAGGGUUUCAAUUUCAGAGGCUUGAUGGCAGUACAAAAGCUGAGCUUCGACAACAAGCAAUGGAUCAUUUCAAUGCACCUGGUAGUGAUGAUUUUUGCUUCCUUCUUUCAACACGGGCAGGAGGUCUGGGUAUCAACCUUGCUACAGCAGACACUGUUAUAAUAUUUGAUUCUGAUUGGAAUCCUCAAAAUGACCUGCAGGCAAUGAGUAGAGCUCAUAGAAUUGGACAACAAGAAGUUGUUAACAUAUAUAGAUUUGUUACAAGCAAAAGUGUUGAGGAAGAUAUUCUGGAACGUGCUAAGAAGAAAAUGGUUCUGGACCACUUGGUGAUUCAAAAACUAAAUGCAGAGGGUAGACUGGAGAAGAAAGAAGCCAAAAAAGGAGGAAGUUAUUUUGACAAAAAUGAGCUGUCUGCAAUCUUACGAUUUGGAGCAGAGGAGCUCUUUAAGGAAGAAAGAAAUGAUGAAGAAAGCAAGAAACAACUCUUAAGUAUGAAUAUAGAUGAGAUUCUUGAAAGAGCAGAAAAAGUUGAAGAGAAGGAAGCUGACGGGGAACAAGGAAAUGCGUUAUUGGGUGCUUUUAAGGUUGCCAAUUUUUGCAAUGAUGAAGAUGAUGGAAGUUUCUGGAGCCGUUGGAUAAAGCCUGAUGCUGUAUUCCAAGCAGAGGAAGCUCUUGUUCCUCGAUCUGCUAGAAAUAUUAAAAGUUAUGCAGAAGUUGAUCCAUCUGAAAAAAGUAAUAAAAGAAAAAAGAAGGAACCUGAACCACUUGACCGAGUUUCGAAACGUCGGAAAGCAGAGUAUUCCGCUCCUGCAGUACCAAUGAUUGAGGGAGCAUCUGUCCAAGUGAGAAAUUGGUCAUAUGGGAAUUUAUCUAAAAGAGACGCACUUCGUUUUUCUCGUUCAGUUAUGAAAUAUGGCAAUGAGAGCCAAGUUGACUUAAUUGUUGCCGAGGUUGGUGGUGCUGUUGGGGCUGCUCCACCUGGAGUACAGAUUGAACUUUUCAAUGCUCUUAUUGAUGGCUGUACAGAAGCAGUAGAACUUGGAAAUCUUGAUGCAAAGGGGCCUUUGCUGGAUUUUUUUGGUGUACCAGUGAAGGCAAAUGAUCUACUUACCCGUGUCCAACAACUUCAACUUUUGGCAAAGCGCAUUGGUCGAUAUGAAGAUCCUAUUGCACAAUUUCGUGUGCUGUCAUAUCUCAAACCAUCAAACUGGUCCAAAGGUUGUGGAUGGAAUCAAAUUGAUGAUGCUAGAUUGCUUCUUGGAAUACAUUACCAUGGGUUUGGUAAUUGGGAAACUAUUAGAUUAGAUGAAAGACUUGGCCUUACGAAAAAAAUUGCACCUGUAGAACUUCAACACCAUGAAACUUUCUUGCCACGAGCUCCAAAUUUGAAAGACCGUGCUAAUGCCCUUCUGGAGCAAGAACUUGCGGUUCUUGGUGUGAAAAAUGCCAACAGCAGAGUUGGACGGAAGCCUUCCAAGAAAGAGAGAGAAAAUAUGAUUAAUAUCUCACUGUUACGUGGGCAGGAGAAAAAGAAAAAAUCGAGUUCUGUUAAUGUCCAAAUGAGAAAGGAUAGAUUUCAGAAACCCCAGAAGGUUGAAUCUAUAGUAAAGGAAGAGGGUGAAAUGUCUGACAAUGAGGAAGUAUAUGAGCAGUUUAAGGAGGUAAAAUGGAUGGAAUGGUGUCAAGAUGUGAUGGUUGAAGAAAUGAAAACUUUGAAACGUCUUCACAGGUUGCAGCAAACUAGUGCCAAUCUUCCAAAGGAAAAGGUGCUUUCAAAAAUACGGAACUAUUUACAACUUCUUGGGAGAAGGAUAGAUCAAAUUGUGCUAGAACAUGAACAGGAACCCUAUAAGCAAGAUAGAAUGACUGUGCGACUGUGGAAAUAUGUGUCCACCUUUUCCCAUCUUUCAGGGGAGAGGCUUCAUCAAAUAUAUUCCAAACUUAGACAGGAGCAAAAUGAGGCAGGGGUUGGCCCCUCUCACGCCAAUGGGUCAGUAUCUGUUUCAUUUAGCAGAAAUGGAAAUCCAUUCCAUCGCCAUAUGGAGAGGCAGAGAGGAUUAAAAAAUAUGGCUCCCUAUCAAAUGCCAGAACCAGUUGAUAAUACUGGGAAAUCUGAGGCAUGGAAACGAAGAAGAAGAACUGAAAGUGACAAUCAUUUCCAGGGUCAGCCACCACCUCAAAGGACCUUAAGUAAUGGAAUCCGGAUUACUGAUCCUAACUCACUCGGGAUCCUAGGUGCUGGGCCAUCGGACAAACGCUUUGCUAGUGAGAAACCUUAUAGGACACAACCUGGUGGGUUUCCUUCAAGACAAGGCUUCUCUUCAGGUAUAAAGUAACCAGCUUGGUGGGGAUUAGAGUGGCUGAUUACAAGAGUGUUGGCUGUUGGCUUUCACUCUGCAUUUAUACAGCUUCAGCAAUUGUACAUUCUGUGGAAUUUUUUUCUUCCACCCAUGCGAAUAAGACCUUGCGGAUCCCUUUUUGGUGUGUUUUGGCGGAUAUGAGAAAUAUCCCUACACUGGGAUUCACAUCCUUGAAGAUGGCUGAAGCCGAAAAGAUCUAAUGCAAGAUGAAAAACUAGUCUUGCCAAUUGUUUCUUUUUCCUUUUUGAUUUCUACUCCUUCGAAGAUAUGACCAAGCAAAGUGACAUGGCGAAAAUCUUGAAAAGCGAAGAGUUUUACCCACUUGCUAUAGACAUACUUAGGAAACUGUACAUUGUCAAUUCUGCAAUUUUAUUCGAUUUUACUGCUCACCCCAUAAAGUAUUAUGUUAGCUGAUGUAGACAAAAAAUGUAUUGGAUUUUUGUGGUAAUUAUAGCUUUAAUUUUCGAGAUUUUGUAGCUCCUUCAAGUGAGUUUCAUUAGUGAAUAGUGAAUGAAAAGUUUUUUUUUUUUUUUACUCAGCAUAGUGAAUGAAAAGUGAUUUCUCGGCUUCUUGCCUAA